AUGAAACAAUACUAUUCCGAGAAAUUGGGGCUUGAAAAGACGGAUCCCGCCCUUUGGCGCCUAAGAACAGACGAACUAGGCAGAGAAACAUGGCAUUACCUUUCGCCAGAAGAAGCAAAGAAGGAACCUCAGCUGAUUACAACAAAGUAUUUGUUGGGCAUGGAUGAUUUCCCAGCACCAGAGCCAGAAACCGAAAUCCGGUAUCCUCAUGACGCAGCAAAGAAGGGCUCAGAGUUUCUUUCGUUGAUCCAGGAGGAUUGUGGGAUUUUUGCGUGUCAGUACAAGGGCCCUAUGUUCAUGACAAUUGGGUACAUUGCAGCCUCGUACUUUACCAAGACGCCCAUUCCAGAGCCACAAAGAAUCGAGAUGAUUCGUUACAUCGUCAAUACUGCUCACCCCGUUGACGGUGGUUGGGGUUUGCACAGUGUGGACAAAUCCACCUGUUUUGGAACCAGCAUAAACUACGUGGCAUUGAGACUCUUGGGCCUCUCCAAAGACCAUCCUGUGUGCGUCAAAGCUCGUAAAACUCUUCAUCAACUAGGUGGGGCUUUGGGUAACCCCCACUGGGGCAAGGCGUGGCUCUCGAUUCUCUCCUUAUAUGAAUGGGAAGGUGUGAACCCUGCCCCUCCAGAAUUAUGGUCUUUACCAUACUGGGUCCCUAUCCACCCGGCUCGUUGGUGGGUACACACUCGUUCUAUCUACUUGCCUUUGGCGUACUUGAGUGCAUGCCGCACAAAAGUUGAAUUGGAUCCUUUGCUAGAGGAGAUUAGAGAGGAAAUCUACUUACCAAAACAAUUACCAUACUCUAAGAUUGAUUUUUCGAAGCACAGAAAUACUGUGUGCGGUGUCGAUUUGUACUACCCACACACAAAGGUCUUGGACACUUUGAACUGGGUAGUUGUAAAGUACGAAAAAUACAUUAGACCGAAAUGGGUUCUUCGCAAAAGUUGCGACAGGGUAUAUGAAUUGAUAAAAAAAGAGUGCAAGAAUACCGACUACUUAUGUAUUGCACCAGUCAGCUUCUGUUUCAAUAUGAUAAUUACCUAUCUUGAAGAGGGACCCGACUCCUACGCUUUCCAGCGCUUUUUGUACAGAAAAGAUGAUGUUCUUUUCCAUGGGCCUCAAGGUAUGACCGUUAUGGGUACCAAUGGUGUGCAAACAUGGGACGUGGCUUUUAUGUGUCAGUACCUUAUUAUGGCUGGCAUGUCAAGAUACGAAAAAUAUCACGACAUGAUUCUCAAAGGAUAUUGGUUUUUGCGUCGCUCGCAAUUCACUGAGGAAUGUGAAGAAGGGAGUUUCAGGGACAAAAGAAAGGGUGCAUGGCCCUUUAGCACGAAAACACAGGGCUAUACCGUGAGUGAUUGCACCGCUGAGGCAGUUAAGGCACUCAUCAUGGUUGAGAAUGAUGACUUCGUGGGCAAUAAAAUUCCUGAAGAAAUAAGGAUCAACCGGAAAAAUCUUGAAGAUGCCGUUGAUAGAAUUUUAUUUAUUCAAAACACCGGCAAUUUUGAGUUCGGGUCGUUCUCUUCAUACGAACACAUCAGAGCUACUCCACAGCUUGAAAAAAUCAGUCCCGCCGAAGUAUUCAACAACAUCAUGGUUGAAUAUCCCUAUGUUGAAUGCACCGAUUCUUCUGUACUAGGACUCGUUUACUUCAACAAAUACUAUCCAGACUACAAACCAGUGGAGAUCAACUUUGCUAUCGAUAAUGCUAUCCAGUAUAUCAUUGGCGCCCAGGAUAAAUACGACGGUUCUUGGUACGGCCUGUGGGGAGUCUGUUUCACCUAUGCGACUAUGUUUGCGGUAGAAGCAUUGGAAACUGUCGGUCACUCAUAUGCGACCUCUAAAACAGUGAAAAAAGGGUUGGACUACCUUAUUCGGAAGCAAGAAGAAGACGGUGGAUGGAGUGAGUCGAUGAAAGCCAGUGAAACUCAUACAUACAUUCCCACAGGCCAAUCCUUAGUUGUGCAAACAUCAUGGGCCGUGAUUGCGUUGAUCCUUGGUGGGUACCCGGACAGAAAACCUAUCGACAAGGCUAUAAAAUUGAUUAUGGAGAGACAAUCUUUAGCUGGAGAAUGGAAGUUUGAGGACGUUGAGGGUGUCUUCAACCACAGUUGUGCAAUUGAGUACCCAACCUACAAAUUCUUGUUCCCCAUCAAGGCGUUGGGCUUAUAUGCUAACAAAUAUGGCAAAGAGACUGAGCCAGUCGUCUGA